UAAGGGUUGGGUAGGCGUCCGCAGGGGCAGGGCCCGCCGGCCAUUGGUCCAGCUGCCAAGGGAGCUUUGUGCAGAUCCAGUCUCGCUAGCGGGUGGGAAGCGACGGCCCCGCUCAGUCCCUCCAGCAGCUGUCUCUACCUUAUCUGCGACUUAGGUGGGGAGCCAGCGCACCAAGCCCGGGAGAAUGCAGCGCCCGCUGUGGCCUGGGGGCUUCCGGGGGCUCUGGCUGCUCCUCUGCUUCCUGCUGCUGAAGAGCCGCCCAGGGAGCGGCAGCGACGUUAGUGAUCACGAUGGUCAGGGCCAAGUGGGAGUGGGGCACCUCUGGACCCUCCAAGGAUUUACCUCUCCAGUCUUCCAGCAGUUGCAAGUUGUACUCCAGCAGAUUAUGCCCCAAGGUUUGUUCUGGAAGGAUGACAUGACCCAGGAUGUGAUGACACAGAAGAUGGGGCACAUUGGCAAACUCCACUCCCAGGAUCCAUGUGUGAGGAUCGGGCAGGCAGCCUUUCCCAGCAAAACCACCGGGGUGAGGGGCAAGCAAGGGGAGAAACUUCGACUCCUAUUCCCCAAGACCCCAAUGGUCAAGGUGAACAGGGAUCAGUGCUUUACCUCCAAAGUGGUUUCGAAGGCCCUGAAACGAGAGGUGACCAACCCUGUCAAGGGCUUCUUUGAGUCACCCCCCACUGUGGGCCACAACCUUGUCGCUGAUUGAGACCUAAUGCGAAGUUGCUUUGCCCCAGUACCCUCCCCAUUGCCCUCUGGAGGGGCAGUUCCAGGAUGACCGAAAUCUGGAUCAUUAAAGUGGCUUUGAUGCAAACUCUCUGUGACUUGCCCUGAGGCAGGAUGGGUCAGGUUUGGACCUGGCCACAGCCUUCAAAGUGAGAGAGGUGGGACCAGAACAAGGGUUGCGGUGAGGAGAGCACACCUCCUCUCUGCUGCCGGAGGCUGCUUCUGUCUUGUUUUCCUUCCAGUGGCCAUUCCUGAAGUGAGGAAAGCAAGGAUGGGACCACAGCUGGAAUGGCAGCCUUCUUUACGCACAUCCAGCUAUGCUGUGUGGUCUAGUUGCCCAUACUUCCAUGUCAGACAGGCCUGCACUCUGCUGUUUUAUGAGGGUCUCCCACCUCCAGUAUUACAGCCCCUGCCAGUGCUCUCCCACUCUUUGUGCUCUCAAGAAUCAACAUAGAAGUGCUGUAAUCAAAGUGUACACACAUUAAAUGUUUUGCUGACUCUUGCCAGUUUGCUCCUGGUAGCUUAAAAUCUUACAAGGGAGGGAGUAAUCUGAUCACUCAUGCUCAGCCCAGCCAAAUACCAGAAUGUCCUAUUUGCAAAGCUUUAUACUUCCCAAGGUACUCUCAUACAUCAGAGGUGUAAGCAUGUGGGCAGAUACCAAAAUUUAGUUUCUCUAAAGAACUGGCACUUGGCCACACAUCUCAUGCAUUUAAGCAACCCAGAGAAAUUAAGUAACUAGGUCUUGAUGGCACCGAUUCUUGCUCAUGCUGCUGUUUUUGCCCUCUCCCCCUCUAUUCGUUGUGUUCAGGAAUGUACCUAAACCCAGCACUAGACCAGUCAUAUUCAUUUGUACCUAGUUCUCAUUAAAUUGGGCAACCCCUGCUACUCACCCACAUUUCCCCCUCAUUCAUUCCCUCUUUCUUUCCAAGACAGAAAAUGGGGAGAAGAAGACGAGCAUUUUUAAAAGGAAAGUAAGUUUAGUUCUUAUUGCAGAGGGGCAGAUUAUAUGAUUUGGAUCAUAUUAUUUGAUAGAAAAUGGGAAGCCACUGAAGGUCUGUUGAGCAAGGGAGUGACACAAUGAAAGCUGAGCUUUAGAAGAACAAUCUCACAUUUCUGUAGAAGGAUGGGUUAGGGAGUAGGAGAAAUGUGGCAACAUUCUAGAAAGACUGUUGAAAUAGUGCAGUGUGCCACACAAGGACCUGAACUUGAGUGAAAGAGGACAUAUAAGAGAGAUAUUUUGAAGGAUGAAUUAAUAGGCCUUGGCAACUGUUAGGGGUUGAAUCCUGUCCCCCCCAAAAUUCAUAAGUUGAAGUCCUAAUCUCCUGUACCUCAGAACAUGACCUUAUUUGGAAAUAGGAGUGUUACAGAUGUAAUUAGUUAAUUUAAGAUGAGGUCAUUCAGGUGGGCCCUAAUCCAGUAUGACUAGUAUCCUUAUAAAAAGGGGAAAUUUGGAGACAGACAUGCAUAGAGGGAAGAUGACAUGAAGAGAUACAGGGAGAAGAUAGCCACCAACAAGCCAAAGAGAGAGGCCUGGAACAGCUCCUUCUAGCCCAAGAAGGAACAAACCCUUAUAACACGUUGAUUUUAAACUUCUAGCCUCCAGAACUGUGAGACAAUAUAUUUCUAUUGUUUAAGUUCCCCAGUUUGUGGUAUUUUGUUACAGCAGCCUUAGGGAACUAAUACAGGU